GGGGGAUGGGAGCAGCCUCUGUGGUGAUGGAAAUGGGUACCCGAUGGGACACGGAGGAUGUGCGUCUUUCAGUGGGUACAAAUUUCGCCUAAAAACUCCACCGAAAAGAACACUAACGGAGCAGAGGGCGGGCCUGGGGAUGGGGGCGGCCGUCUGCGCCACUGCUGACUUGUGCUUGCGCGAGAUUUUCCAAAAUAAAACCAAGGGUGUGACCACACGGCAACUGGGAGCAGCGACAUGGCACUCCCACAGCGGUGACAGGAGACUCGCUGGAAUGUCACCAAGUCCCUGCUCUCAGAGCCAGUUCGUCCAGCGUGACAGGCUUUCACUUGGUCACCCGACAGAGGGGCCCUUGGCUCUUUCGUGAGGCCGCCCUGUAAUCAGGAAGGCCCUGAACGCCCCAAGCAAAGUGACCUCUUAGGAGCUGCCAGCCUCGGAUGAGUCCGUGUCUGGGAGCGACUGCCCCACGGAAGCCGGAACCGACACUUGAAACUUCGCCUUCCUCCUGUGCCUCGUUUUGUCCCCAGGGUCCUGGGGAGAGCCGCUCUCUGCAGAGGGACAAGUCCAAGCCUCUCUCUGCCAUCUCUGGUCCCUGCUGGGACCGCAGAGUGGGUGCUUCCCCAACCAGGGUUCCCCGUGUGGCUGCCCUGGCUCCGGGACAGCAGCCUCAGGGUCCCAGCUCUGACCCCAGCCUGGCCUCAAGCUCCCCUUCCAGGCCCCACUCUGGGCCUCCUCUUGGCGACAAUCAGUGCUGACUGAGCCUGGGAAGCGGCAGCGCCACAGCCCGCACCCACCUCCCACCUCCCUGGCCUUCUGGGCACCGGGAAUGUUUGCUUCGAUCAAAUUCCAGCGGGCUGCGACCAACUGGGACCGGUCUCCUGCCUGCUGAGUCACGGUGUGCCCCACACCCCGCGCUGUCUGGUCUCGCCGUGCCCUUUGGGAUUAAGCAGCGACAGAACCUGCUUGCUUCAGUCAGCUCAGCCCCCAAACCAGCGGCCCGCUGGGCUCCAGGUCACCCAUGGGAACGGCGAGACGCUGACUUGUUGGAUGAGCAGGACCCCCUGGAAGAGUCAGCCGUGUGAGAUGGUGCAGCCUAGCGGCGGCCCGGCAGGGGACCAGGACGUGCUGGGUGAAGAGUCCUCUCUGGGGAAGCCAACCAUGCUCCACCUGCCUUCGGAGCAGGGUGCUCCUGAGACCUUCCAGCGCUGCCUGGAGGAGAAUCAAGAGCUCCGAGAUGCCAUCCGGCAGAGCAACCAGAUGCUGCGGGAGCGCUGUGAGGAGCUGCAGCGUUUCCAGGGCAGCCAGCGGGAGGAGAAGGAGUUUCUCAUGCAGAAGUUCUGCGAGGCCAGGCGCCUGGUCGAGAGGCUGAGCCUCGAGAAGCUGGAGCUGCGCAGGCAGAGGGAGCAGGCCCUGCAGGAGGUGGAGCUCCUGAAGACCUGCCAGCAGCAGAUGGCAGAGGACAAGGCCUCAGUGAAAGCCCAGGUGACGUCCUUGCUGGGGGAGCUGCAGGAGAGCCAGAGUCGCUUGGAGGCCGCCACCAAGGAGCGGCAGGCUCUGGAGAGCAGGGUUCGCGCCACUAGCGAGCAGGUCCGGCAGCUGGAGAACGAGCGGGAGGCCCUGCAGCAGCAGCACAGCGUGCAGGUGGACCAGCUGCGCCUGCAGAGCCAGAGCAUGGAGGCCGCCCUGCGCAUGGAGCGCCAGGCCGCCUCGGAGGAGAAGCGGAAGCUGGCCCAGCUGCAGGUGGCCUACCACCAGCUUUUCCAGGAGUAUGACAACCACAUCAAGAGCAGCGUGGUGAGCAGCGAGCGCAACCGAGGAUUGCAGCUGGAAGACCUCAAGCAGCAGCUGCAGCAGGCCGAGGAGGCCCUGGUGGCCAAACAGGAAGUGAUCGACAAGCUGAAGGAGGAGGCCGAGCAGCACAAGAUUGUGAUGGAGACGGUUCCGGUGCUCAAAGCCCAGGCCGACAUCUACAAGGCGGACUUCCAGGCCGAGCGGCAGGCCCGGGAGCAGCUGGCUGAGAGGAAGGAGCUCCUGCAGGAGCAGCUGGAGCAGCUGCAGAGGGAGUACAGCCGGCUGAAGACCAGCUGCCAGGAAUCGGCCAGGAUCGAAGACAUGAGGAAGCGGCACGUCGAGGUCUCCCAGCCCACCUUGCCCCCCGCCCCAGCUCAUCACUCCUUUCACCCGGCCCUGCCCAGCCAGAGGAGAAGCCCCCCCGAGGAGCCCCCCAACUUCUGUUGCCCCAAGUGCCAGUACCAGGCUCCCGACAUGGACACCCUGCAGAUCCAUGUCAUGGAGUGUAUCGAGUAGGCCGCCCGCCGCCGGCCAGCCCAGGACGCUGCGCUCUCCUGCUCCGAGACUGAGGGUGGCCCCUUCUCUGGGCCCCGGAGCCAGCUGCGGGCCUCACGCCUCCGCCCCGCCUGCUGGUCGACCUCUUUCUGGGCGCACGGAGCCCAGCCAGGCCUGACGCUCUGCUCUUUCUGUUUGUUCUGUCUGCUUGAACCGCUUGUCUCUGGAGCUCGCUCAUCCUCUGCCUGCACCAGCGAAGUCAGGAGUGAAGGCCGGGCUCUCGGAAGGAGCUGCUUCCCCGGCCCAGACGGGCGGGACCCCUCCUGCCAGCCGCCUGGCACAGGGCAGCGCCGCGGGCGUGGGCUGAGUGGUGGCCUGGUGGCGGCUGCGCCGAGUUGGAUCGAACCUGUCCGCUGCCCAUGGACACUGGGUUUGUUACCGAUCAUCGUUUUAUGGUCAUAAAUGACUCUGCACUGCAAAGCCCUGGCCAUCAAUCGUGUGUACCUCUGAGUUGGCUUCUUAGAAGCAGCACCCCUGAGCUUCUGCAGAGGGGCUAGUCGUGCCGGGGUCCUUCCCCCAGGAGUGGUUUCGUGCCCCGUAGCCUUGCCCCACGUCAGGGGGGUCCAGCCCGUGGGCUUGUGCCAUCUGCCAGACGUGCUCUUCUCUCGUAAGAGUGAGCAUAGGAGUUCCCCUUGUGGCUCAGCAGGUUAAGAACCCGAUGUAGUCCCUGUGAAAAUUCGGGUUCGAUCCCUGGCCUCGCUCAGUGGGUUAAGGAUCCGGUGUUGCCAUGGCUGUGGUGUGGGCUGGCGGCUGCGGCUCCGAUUCGACCUCUAGCCUGGGAACCUCCAUAUGCCGCAGGUGUGGCCCUAGAAAGAAAAAUAAAGAAAAGAGAGUUUGAAGCUUGAAGGAGUUCUCCAGUGGCCUCGCAGUUAAGGAUAUGGAGUCGUCACUGUCGUGACGCUGGUUUGAUUCCUGGCUCAGGCACUUUCGUAUGACGCGGGUGAGGCAAAAAGAAAGCUUGAGCAUCUUUCCAGAGCUCGAAGGGUCCUUUUCAGUCGUUCUAGUAUAAAUGGCUUUUUUCCAUCAUUUUGCCCUGUUUGCUGCUGGACUGUUGGUCUUUUGUUCCUUGACUUCUACUAGAGGCUCUUGACUCGUUAGUGGGAUGGAGUGAGAGGAAUUGCAGUUAUCUUUUCCCACCAACUUGGUGCUGGUGUGUUUGGACUCGAGCUGGUUCUCUUCGUGUAGUCACAUUUCUCCACUGUUCCGUCACGGCUUUGGGUUUGCUCAGACGUUUUCCCAGCACUGCAGUGUGUGCCUUGUCCUCCCCAGAGCACUGCCACACAACCAGCGCAGGGGGGCGUGUUUCAUCACCUUCCAAAAGUCUCUCAUGCUGUUCUUGCACCAGCCCUGCAUGGCCUGGCCUUGCCAGUGGCAGCCACUUGGUAAUCUUUGGCAGACUGCCAACAGCGCAGGCCUCUUGCGUGUUGUUCUGCAAGAUUCUGGCUCUUUCCGAGGCUGUCAAAGCCAUGGGCGUUGGCCUUGCAGUUGUCAGGAAGGAUGUCCCCCCCGCUGCUGCCGAGGGCUGGCCUGCUGGGGAGUGGAGGUCACGGGCCCAGCCCCGGCUUUUGUCCAGGGCCCCCUGCUCCCUAGGGUCGGGGUCUGGGUCUCCUGCUGGAAGCCGGCCCAGCCAGCGGCCUGUUCUGAAAGCAGAGCCUGGCCUGGGGACUUGCUUGUCAGCUGCAGGUGUGGGAGGAAGACCCAAGCGGGGUGGAAGGAGGGGGGGGCGCUGGGGGGCGAGCGAUCCUCAGGACCUCUGCUCUGCAGCUGGAUGCCACUGCCGGGGUGAUGGGCGUGGAGCUGCUGGGCCGCCUGCACCCUGGGUGCUGGGACUGUGCUGCUGAGAGGGGCUCAAGGAGGAGGCAGGACGCGGGCCCCCCCCCCAACCCGCCGGGGCUCUGGCGGUGGCGCCCCCAGAGGCUGCCCAGCAGCGGCCGGGAGCCUCCCAUCGCCCCCGCCUGGGCCCUGGGGGGCCACUGCUCUUUCGGACCUUCUAUUCCCGGAGGCUGGGCGCCCUUGCUCGCUGCCACCUUCUCCGUGUCGGGCCGAGCGUCCGUUAGAGACCCAGGGUCUGAAAGCAGGCCGGUGGCCCGGAAAUGAGUGAUUCCACUGUCUCUCUGGCUUUCCUUAGGUUGGGCUUCCGGAACAAGUGGCCGGAUUCUUGCCAUGAGGGAAGCCGCUUGCCCACCUUAUUAGCUGUGGCCCCUUGCUCGUCACCGUCCUGGGUGUGGGAGGGAGAGAGACGGCUGGACGCACAGCCCCGGUGUCGCUCCCCGCUGCUCCACAGCGAGCCAGCCAGUAAGAAAGGAACCCAGACGAAAUGGGACGUCAACAUAGCAACCAGUGAAGACUUCUGGUGCCUUCCUGGCAAGGGGCAGGGACAGGCCUGGGAUGUCGCCCCUUCUGUGGGACGGAACAAGCACUUAGGGACAGUGGGUACCCACAGAGACUUCGGCAUUUUAGAGGCUCACGGCUCUGUCAUCUGUCGCCACCAAAGACCACGGUGAGAUCAGAGGCUGCACUUCUGGACAACACGGGCCUCUGCAGCCAGCGCUGUGGACACCCUGUCGCCCGGGGCACACUCUGGCCGAAUAGACAAAGUCCUGUAUAAAGUCUGGCCCCAAUAAAGACGUAAGAGCUGCA